GUCUAAUCAGUCCCAGCGCUACCCGCCCCGCAAGGUCUGCAAAGCAGGGAGGCGCUCUCCCUGCUCUGCUACCUUGCUGAUAUGCACUGUGCAGUGUUGCUGCCGGAGCUCCGCCUGUCACACUGACAGGCAGCAUGAGCAGAAGCUCUUCACACUAUGGUCUCCCCCCACGCUCCUCCCCGCUGCACUAGUCAAAACAGGCAGCAGUGUCGCCCCUCCAGUCCUCCCUCCCCACUGAAGACACAGCAUCUUCAGCAUCACUCACCCCUCCUUCACGUAUGGGACAGCAAUGCACAGACAGGAAGUCAUGUGAUGUACACCUGACUGUGCACUGACUGGAGGAGCCAGCAGCGACAGGAAGAGGAGCAGCCAGCCACACAGAGGGACGAAGACUCUGCAGAGGCUCAGACCGUUUCACAGUGAUGACAAGCAACGUUCCCUGUUUUUUUAUGAGGUUUACCAAGCAGAACAAAAAUGUCAAGGAUUUUAUGAACUAAUGAAAUAGUUUUGGCAAAGCCAUCUGGAUACCCAGCUACCUCCAUAGAUAAUCCCAUUAAAUAUGUAUUCUGGAGAAAACUAUGUUGUACGGAAGCCAAGAUGUACACGUGGUGCAUAUCAGUAGCUGGGAUGCAACAAAGUACUGAAAAAUUGAACAAGAAGAUUAUAUUUAAAUCAGUGGAGUUGAAAGAGCCUUCAGUACUGAAUGGAUUUCUAUAUGUGUAGGCAAAUUCUUCUCAUUUUUACCAACUAGAAGCUAAGGAGAGAGAAUUGACUGCAUAGGAAAGGAAAGAGUUAAACAUCUUGGGAGGGGUGGACCUAGCUGUUAGGAAAGUACAGCCUUUUAGGGGGAGGGUUUGAUAUAUAUAGGGAAGGUGAGGCCAUCUUAGUUCUCUUGGUGGAUUUGCUUUUAGGUGAGUGCUGCAGUGCAAGCAAAAUUUUGUUUCUCAAUCUACUGUGAAAAUAUUACACAGUGUAACACCCCCCCCCCUGCUUUAUUGUUAAUACUCCUCCUCUCCACCUUAUCAUUAUAUUCGCUGCCAUGGCUGCCCGCCCCCAGCGCGUUUUACGGGCCCCGGCUCGGUACCGUGGGUCAGACGGUCGAGCGGGGCCUGAUGAUGUAGUGGGUGGCAUGGGGGACGGGGCUCCGUCCCUCAGGGCCUCCGCAAGUGAGGGCGCGGGCAUCGGGAGCCGGGCCCGGUUGGGCUCGCCGCCGGGAACCGAGCCGGUCACACCGGCCGGGCGAGGGCGGCGUGGGGGACCAGGGGUCCUUGCAGGCCGCCCUAGGAUCGACGGACGGCGGCUGUCCCCUCCGGGAGCCGCUGAGUCCGCGAUCGGGUCGGGCGCCCGCGGCGGUUGCGAACCCUAGCCCUCCUCCCUUGCCGCGGCCGAAUGCUAGUGCCGGGCGGGGGGAGAGGACGGGAAGGGGAGCUGGCGGUCGCCGCGCGGGGCCUGUGCAGGAGCCUCGCGCGGCGGCCGAGGAGGAGACACCGGCCGGGAGUUCGACGGCGGGUAGAGGUGGGACGCGCGCACGGGGUGCGCGCGCGCCCACGCUCGCUCCGGGCGGCGCCGGCCGCGCACGUGUGCGCGCAGCUGAUGCACCGGCCAUCCAUUUUGACUCCCCGGAUGCCGGAAUCCGGCAGGGGGAGAGGACACAGCAGGGGGGUGCAGCGUUUGCCUCUGGUAGGCAACGCUGAGCCGAGAGGGAUGGCGCCACGUGAUGGGGCCACAGCAGAGAGUACAAGGGGGGGCCGCGCGCAGCAUGCGCGUGCGCGCACCGGGAGUCGUGCGACACGCGGGGGAACACGCGCGGGUACGCAGUGGGUCUCUGUGACUCCUCAUACCACUCCUGCAGAAGUAGGACGCAGCGGGUCCCGCGGGCGGAGGGGAGACAGAGAAUGGGUCAGCGGCCGCAGGGCCGCGGCACGGGCCGCUGCACACGACAGCGGGUCCUCCCCGGGACCGGGGGAUUCUUCUGCUUCUAUGGGAAGGGGGGAGGCAUGCUCAGAAGUGGAGAGCGAAUGGUCUGGUCGGGGGGGUCUCGCUUUCCCGUCGGAUCAGGAGGGACCGGGUGCUCGGGUCACGUCGGCCGGUAGGCGGGCGCGGGCUCGCGCCCAGGCAAGGUCCGGAGGUCCUUCGGGGGCCGUUGACGGGGGUCGCAGCACGCGGGAUCCUCCCGGGGCCCUAGCGUCGGCCCUGGCCACAGUAGUAGAGGCUUUGGGGCCGUUAGCUGCAGCGGCUUCCCCUAGGACGAUGUCUGAUUUCGGACAGGCUGCCGGAGGCAGUGGGUCCGGCAGGCAGAGGACCUCGGCGGCGCAGCGGGUGGCACGAGCCUGCCGAGAACUGGGGGCGGUCGCUGCGGAGCUAGGUACGGACCAGGAGCGGCAGGGACGCGCGCUCACAGGGCAUACCACGCGGGGGGCCCGGCGUGCGCCGCAAGCAUGGGCCGGGCCCUCUUCUGCUUUGUCUUUCACAGAGAGCCGAGAGGAGGGGGAUUUGGCGGAAUUCGUGGAGGACGACGAUUGGACUGAGGAGGCUGAGGAUUCCAGGUCGGAAAGGUCGAUGGCAUCCGGUGAGUUGGCACAGUCUAUAUCAAUUUCCCCCACGAGCUCGAGUUCGCAUAGCUCUUCGUCUUCCUCCUCUUCCUCUUCUUUGUCGUCGCAAGCGUCCGACGUAGACAGUACUUCUAGGGCAAAGAAGAAGGCGGCAAAAUUUGCCAAGCGGGCAGCAAAACAGCAGAAGAGGCGUAAGCGGCGCAAACGGGUUAGUGAGGAAGAGCGUAGGGCAAAGAAGCGGCGCGAUCUGCCUGGGGUAGUGCGCUGCGAGUACACCGCGGUUAUGCGGGGGCUGCGAGACAGCUGCCGCAAGAAGAUACGUAGGGGUGACUUCGUGGACUUAUUCGUUUUGACUAAGGCCAUGAAGAAGGAUUACAAAGCGGCAGCCGCUAAGAAAGGCAUGGGGACAGAGGUCUUCCGGUCUUUUGAUAAUUGGCUGGCCGGUUUCUGGGUUUUUACGGCAUGCUAUUUGGAGGAUAGGCCGGAGGAACACAUGAAUGUUAUCCGGUACCUGCAUCUCGUUCACGACAUGCAGCGCACGUCCCCGGGCUCGGAAUGGCGCCGGUAUGAUCAGGAGUUUCGAGAGAAACAGGACGGGCUACGGGUCAUGGAUUUCGGGUUCAAGGACGUGGAAGUCUGGCUCAAAGUGACCCGGGCCUCACAGCAGGAAGAAGAACCCCAGAAACAGGGAGCAGGUGGGCGUCGGGCGGGCUCAUCAGCCCAGGGGUCAGGCGCGGACGGAGGAUUUGCCAGGACAGGCGGAUUGGCCGUUCGCGUGGGCGGGCGUUCCGCCACGCGAGGGAAGUGUUUCGCUUUUAACAGCGGAACAUGUUCCUUUGGCAAGCAGUGUCGUUUUCGUCACUCCUGCCAGCAGUGUGGAGGAGCCCACCCAGCCUCCUCUUGUUUCAAAGGUGGUCGACAGGGAAAUCGGGGAAAGCAGGCGUACCCUAAGCAGGCCGCGAGCGGGACCGCUCGGCAGAGCCCCAACGCCAGUUAAGCUGGAUGCAAUGGGUAAGUGGUUGGAUUUGUAUCCGAAUAAAAGGGAUGCAAAAUUUUUGUUCGACGGUUUUAAGUUUGGUUUUCGCUUGCCUGUUGCGAGCGAAGUGUCAGUGCGCGCACAGAGGAACCUCCAGUCUGCCCGAGCCUUGCCGACUGUGCUGCGGGAGAAAGUGGAUAAGGAGGUCAGGUUGGGCAGGAUGGAGGGGCCAUUUAGGUCACCCCCGGUGGAUGACUUGGUCAUCUCCCCGGUCGGGGUGGUACCGAAGAAGACUCCAGGCGUUUUUCGGCUCAUCCAGCAUCUUUCUUACCCUCCGGGGGCAUCGGUCAACGACGCAAUACCGCCGGCUCAUUGCUCGGUGGUAUACCAGUCAUUUGACGAGGCGCUAGAGAUGGUCCGCAGCUACGGGAGCGGGGCCCUCAUGGCUAAGAUUGAUGUUGAGUCAGCCUUUAGGUUACUGCCAUUGCAUCCGGACUCAUUCCGUUUUAUGGGUUUCCUGAUUGGGGCGGAGUAUUUCAUCGACAAAUGUUUGCCGAUGGGAUGUUCCGUCUCAUGCUCAUUUUUCGAGCGCUUUAGCACGUUUCUUCAUUGGUGCGUGGAGUCUGCGUCAGGCGGUCACGGAGUUGCCCAUUACCUAGAUAAUUCCUGUGUGCGGGUCCGGCUAAUGACGCAAGGUGCGGCGACUUGCUGUUUAGCAUCCGGGCUCUUUUUUUACCACUUCGGUGUGCCGGUAGCCGUGGACAAAACGGAGGGCCCGGACUCCUGCCUAUCAUUUUUGGGGAUUGAAAUUGACACGGUGGCAGGAGAAUGUCGCCUGCCCCGAGACAAGGUGUCGAAGCUCCGCGAAACCAUUUGCUGGUUCAAUGGCUCGCGUAAAGUUACGCUACGGCAGGCGCAGUCCCUGCUGGGCAUGCUGAACUUUGCUUGUCGGGUUAUACCGAUGGGCAGGGUUUUCUGCCGGAAGCUUGAGAGGGCGACGGCGGGGUGUGCCAGGCCUCAUCAUUUCGUUCGAUUGUCCUCCGAAUUAAAAAGGGAUUUGGCCGUCUGGGCUUCGUUCCUGGAGGAAUUCAACGGAGUGAGCAUAUGGCAAGCGCCAGCUGUGGACAGCGAGCAGUUGCAACUGUUUACCGACGCUGCAGGUGUCUCUGGAUUCGGUUGUUUUUUGGAGGGAUCUUGGUGUGCGGCAUCCUGGCCGGCAAACUGGCAUAGCAAGGGUCUUACAAAAGAUCUGGUGCUGCUGGAGCUUUUUCCCAUUAUGGUAGCGUUGGAGGUCUGGGGCGAUCGGUUGGCUAAUCGCAGCAUAUUGUUUAGAUGCGAUAAUCUGGGCGUAGUGCAUGCGAUUAAUAACCAGAGGGCUAAAUCGCUGGUGGUUCUGCGGGUGCUCGGGCAAUUGCUUUUGACGUGCUUGCGUAGGAACCUAUGGUUCCGGGCACAGCACGUGCCCGGUUUGGAGAACGGAAUUGCCGACGCUUUGUCGCGUGGACAGUGGGAGAGGUUUUGGGUUUUGGCACCAGAGGCCGAGGAGCAAGGUUUUCACUGUCCCGGUUAUGUUUGGCAGGUGAUCGGGCCGGAAUGGAGGGUCUAGCAUUGCGGUCAGUCGCGCCAGCCACGCUCAAGGCUUACGGACAAGCUUGGAGCGAGUGGGAGGAGUUUGUCCAAGGUCGUCAGCAACAAGGUAAGAGCAGGCAUCGGCUGAUGCUUUCUUUUAUUUGGCAGCUUUACGUUUCCGGUAGGUCCCGAGCGGUGGUAUCACGGUACUUGGCUGGCGUCUCAUUUUUCUGCAAGCUGCGAGGCGUCCCUGAUGUGACAAAAAGCGAGGUUCUGCGGAAGGCAAUGAAAGGGUGGGCGCGAGUAGCGCCGACGCCACCAGAUAGGAGGCGGCCCAUCGAUGCGGCCUUGUUGCCGGCCGUCAUCGCGGCGGUGGGGCGAGUCGCGUCGUCCAGGUUUGAGACGCUUUUGUUUAGUUUGGCGUUCUCAAUGGCUUACCACGGGGCCUUUAGGGUUUCGGAGUUGGUAGCGCCUUCCAAGAGAGCAGAUUCGCGCAUGCUGGUCGGAGACGUUGUAGUGGGUGAGAGGUCCUUGCUGUGCAGAUUGCGGCGCUCGAAGACGGACCAAGUGGGGAGAGGGCGCUGGGUCACUAUGGUCCCAGCGCUAGAGGGGAGCGUUUGCCCAGUGGGUCUGGCAAUGCAAUAUGUGGGGGUGCGACCCGUUAAGGAGGGGUCAUGGCUAUUGCAUUAUGACGGGCUGCCAGUCACGAAAUACCAGUUCCGUUGGAUGCUGGGUCGUUGUUUGGCGAGCUUGGGCCUCCCACCUGCUGCUUUCGGUACCCAUUCCUUUCGAAUAGGCGCGGCGACGUCGGCUGCUGCGGCGGGUUUUUCCAGAACGGAAAUCCAGGCGGUGGGGCGAUGGAAGUCGUCAAGCUAUAGACGAUACAUUCGCCCCGUCGCGUGAGAAGUCGGUUUGCACCUAGCGCUUUGUUUUAUUUGCAAUGUAUUAUGUUGUUCCAGUUCUGUGAUUUUAUGGUGUUGUGCGUCUGUUGGUGUUUCCCCCUUUUUAUCCUACUCAGGGAUUAGCUACUCGCCGUUGCUGGCAUGAGUCGGCAGCGGGGGUCUGGAGUGAUUUUGCGAUUUUUUGCCUGACUUGACGGACUGAAUUCUAAUCUACAAUUCGGCUAAUCUGGUCUAAUCAGAGUCCCUCAGCAGGUCUUUACGCUUUCACCUCCAGCUGAGUUAUUACAUGUUUUUCCCAUUUUAUACCCCCCUCCCCCCCUUCCCUGUUUUAUUUCGUUUGUUUUAUUUGACCUUUCCCCUUUGUGUCUUUAAUUGCGCUUUAAAUUGGCAACGAAGCAUGGUGCAGUUCGGCUAGGCCGUGACUGCUGCAAUAGCGAGAUCUAAAGUUUUUCUUUUUGGCAGAUCCUUCAGUGUAAACAAUUAAUAAGCCUCUUAGUAAUCAAUUUUACCCCUCUUUUCCCCUUCAGGAUGGUUUGACGACAAUUUGGCUAUUUGGGUGGUUGGCCACUCUUACAUUUACUGGGCGGCCAGGUUUGUGGCCUCGGAAGGGGCUCAGGCAUUGCUUGGAGCACAGGGUGUCAGAUGGCUUGGCUGGCGAGGAAUGAUGUGGGGUGAGCUGAGGAGUAGGUUAGUGAGUCAGGCCAGCAAGCAUGGAAUCCCUAGGGUCCUGGUUGUCCAUCUAGGUGGCAACGACCUGGGGAAGAGGACAUCCUUGGAUCUGCGGUGGGCCAUGAUACAUGAUCUGGCAAGUGUGGCCGCAACAUGGACCAAGUGUGUGUUGGUUUUUUCAAUGAUGGUGCCAAGAUUGUGUUGGAGGGGUGUGGCGGAUGGGCGCCAGAUUGACGAGGCCCGGAAAAAGGUGAACGGGGCGGUGGCAAAGUGGGUGCUGUCCCACGGAGGGAGGGUGGUUCGCCACCCGAGGAUUCGGUUCAGAGUCAGCCACCUUUUCCGGCAUGAUGGAGUACAUCUAUCCAAUGAGGGGAUGAUGUUUUUUCUGGAGGAUCUAGGUUUCGCUUUGCAGGAGUUAGGGUAGGUUUAUGGUGGCGGUGCGAAAGACUUUGGGGAUGAGUCUUUCGCUGUUGGCGGAAAAGAACGGCAGUUUUGUAUUGUAGGGAAAACUGUAGUGUUUUACAGUUUGUUGUGGUUUAGGUGCACUCACCUCCAUCGACUUAUGGCCGCUUGACCACCCGUCCGGGAAGGCAGCGGCAGGGCACCCAGGAGCGGUGGGUAGUCACUGUGGGGGUUGAGUUGUCACCUAUUACCGGUUUAUGAUAAGUUUUAGUAAAUUUAUAGGGUUAGUUAUUUAAGGUUAAUUUAGGUUAAUUGAGCCGUUCUUUUGGGCCGCCACCAUAUGCCGGCUGGAGCGGCAUAUUAAAUUAAUUUCUUUAUUACAGGUUUCCUAAUGGAUAGGGACAAAUAAAUAGCUAGCAAUUUUCUGCCAAAAUUCAAGUCUCUGUGUCGUUAUUUCUGGUUCUAGGUUGCGAAUGCUUUACUUUCAAAGAAAGGGGUCCACCAAAUAUCACUAAGAUGUUUAGGAGAGAGAAUUGACUGCAUAGGAAAGGAAAGAGUUAAACAUCUUGGGAGGGGUGGACCUAGCUGUUAGGAAAGUACAGCCUUUUAGGGGGAGGGUUUGAUAUAUAUAGGGAAGGUGAGGCCAUCUUAGUUCUCUUGGUGGAUUUGCUUUCCCGCCCUCCCGCCCUGGUACUAAGAGAUUCUGGCACGUGGUGCUUUGGCAUUAAGUUGUUGGCUGGUUUAUCGUUGGCUAUUUAUUGGCGGAAAAGAACGGCAGUUUUGUAUUGUAGGGAAAACUGUAGUGUUUUACAGUUUGUUGUGGUUUAGGUGCACUCACCUCCAUCGACUUAUGGCCGCUUGACCACCCGUCCGGGAAGGCAGCGGCAGGGCACCCAGGAGCGGUGGGUAGUCACUGUGGGGGUUGAGUUGUCACCUAUUACCGGUUUAUGAUAAGUUUUAGUAAAUUUAUAGGGUUAGUUAUUUAAGGUUAAUUUAGGUUAAUUGAGCCGUUCUUUUGGGCCGCCACCAUAUGCCGGCUGGAGCGGCAUAUUAAAUUAAUUUCUUUAUUACAGGUUUCCUAAUGGAUAGGGACAAAUAAAUAGCUAGCAAUUUUCUGCCAAAAUUCAAGUCUCUGUGUCGUUAUU